AUGAUUCCUUCUGUAUCCAUGAGAGCCGCCCGUUUGGCAGCCUUCCGAGCUUCUUCUCGCCGACCUGCUCAACAAGCACGUCGUUGGGCAGGUGAUAUGCCCGUUCCGCAAUCUCAAAACGCUCCAUUGUGGCGCGGACAUACUGUGAAGGAAGAAGGAUGGGAAACCAGCAUGUACGUUUAUGCUGCCCUUGCCGUUGUCUUGCAAGCUGCCAUUAUUGGAUUUGCACCAGAGACUUCCAUUGAAAGUUGGGCUCGCGCUGAAGCCAAGGCACGAUUGGCUUUGAAGGAAAAGGAUCCAGACAUGAAGUUCGAGUUUGGAACACAUUACCAAGAUUUGAUCAAGCAAGAUCAAUUGGAUAAGUGGACCAAGUUCUCAGAUAGAGCCAUUACUCCUGGAGAGGAUGAUGAUGAUGACGACGAGGAUGAAGACGAUGAUGAUGAUGAAGACGAGGAUGAGGACGACGAAGAGUAA